CCGGGAGGGGGCAGAGAGUGCGCUGCGGGCGGCGGCGGCCCGGAGGCCCGGGAGGCCGCGGCGCGGUCACUGCGAGCCGAGCCGAGCCGCGCCGAUCGCCAUCCGGCCCCGGCUCCCGCGCGCGAUCCCGGCCGGCGGCGCGGCCCUGAGGCGCCGCAGCCCAUGGAGCUCGAAAACAUCGUAGCGAACACGGUGCUUCUCAAGGCCCGGGAAGGGACUGCCCCCCAGGUCACAUAGGAAGUCUGUGGCUGACCCAGGUGUAGGACACAAGAUGCUCCCUACACAGCCCGUAGGAAACCCAGAAGAGACCCCAGCUGGUCCAGCGUCUGGUGGCAGUGGGAAUCGCAAAGGCAAAAGCAAGAAAUGGCGACAGAUGCUGCAGUUCCCCCACAUCAGCCAGUGCGAGGAGCUAAGGCUCAGCCUCGAGCGUGACUACCACAGCCUGUGCGAGCGGCAGCCCAUCGGGCGCCUGCUGUUCCGAGAGUUCUGUGCGACGAGGCCUGAGCUGACCCACUGCAUUGCCUUCCUGGAUGGGGUGGCUGAGUAUGAAGUGACCCCUGAUGAGAAGAGGAAGGCAUGUGGGCAGCAGCUAAUGCAGAAUUUUCUGAGCCACACGGGUCCUGACCUCAUCCCUGAGAUCCCCCAGCAGAUGGUGACCAACUGUGCACAGCGGCUAGAGCAGGGGCCCUGCAAAGACCUCUUCCAGGAGCUCACCCGGCUGACCCACGAGUACCUGAGCGUCGCCCCUUUUGCCGACUACCUCGACAGCAUCUACUUCAACCGUUUCCUGCAGUGGAAGUGGCUGGAAAGGCAGCCAGUGACCAAAAACACCUUCAGGCAGUACCGAGUCCUGGGCAAAGGUGGCUUUGGGGAGGUGUGUGCCUGCCAGGUGCGGGCAACAGGCAAGAUGUACGCCUGCAAAAAACUGGAGAAGAAGCGGAUCAAGAAGCGGAAGGGGGAGGCCAUGGCUCUCAACGAGAAGCAGAUCCUGGAGAAAGUGAACAGUAGGUUUGUAGUGAGCUUGGCCUACGCCUAUGAGACCAAGGACGCACUGUGCCUGGUGCUGACGCUGAUGAACGGAGGCGAUCUUAAGUUCCACAUCUACCACAUGGGCCAGGCUGGCUUCUCAGAGGCGCGGGCCGUCUUCUACACUGCAGAGAUCUGCUGUGGCCUGGAGGACCUGCAUCGGGAGCGCAUCGUGUACAGGGACCUGAAGCCAGAGAACAUUCUACUGGAUGACCAUGGUCACAUCCGAAUCUCCGACCUGGGGCUGGCUGUGCACGUGCCUGAGGGCCAGACCAUCAAAGGCCGUGUGGGCACCGUGGGCUACAUGGCUCCAGAGGUGGUGAAAAAUGAGCGGUACACGUUCAGCCCAGACUGGUGGGCACUCGGCUGCCUCCUGUACGAGAUGAUCGCUGGUCAGUCGCCCUUCCAGCAGAGGAAAAAGAAGAUUAAGCGGGAGGAGGUGGAGCGGCUGGUGAAGGAGGUGCCUGAGGAGUACUCCGAUCGCUUUUCCCCGCAGGCCCGCUCUCUCUGCUCCCAGCUCCUCUGCAAGGACCCUGCCGAGCGGUUGGGAUGUCGUGGAGGCAGUGCCCGUGAGGUGAAGGAGCACCCCCUCUUUAAGAAACUGAACUUCAAGCGUCUGGGAGCUGGCAUGCUGGAGCCACCCUUCAAGCCUGACCCCCAGGCCAUUUACUGUAAGGAUGUCCUGGACAUCGAACAGUUCUCCACGGUGAAGGGUGUGGAGCUGGAGCCCACCGACCAGGACUUCUACCAGAAGUUUGCCACGGGCAGCGUGCCUAUCCCCUGGCAGAAUGAGAUGGUGGAAACCGAGUGCUUCCAAGAGCUGAAUGUCUUGGAGCUGGAUGGCUCAGUUCCCCCAGACCUGGACUGGAGGGGCCAGCCACCUGCACCCCCCAAGAAGGGACUACUGCAGAGACUCUUCAGCCGCCAGAGGAUUGCUGUGGGAACUGCAGCGACAGUGACGAAGAGCUCCCCACCCGCCUCUAGCCCUGAGCCUGAGGCCCCCAGCGGUGGUUGGCGGUAGCAGCUACUCCGAGUGCUGUUUACAGUUUUGCACAGUGGUCCUCCCCAUUGUCCACUCAAGGCAUGGCCUGGGGAACACAACUGGAGCUGUCCCCAGUGUCCUUGGCCCCUCAGCCCCUGUUCUGGCUGAGUGUGGCAAGGCCUAGGCUGUCCCGGGGACAAAGGUGCGUCCCUUCAGCUCUUGUCUGUGGAGCUCGGGGCUUUCUGUAUUUAUGUAUUUGUACGAAUGUAUAUAGCGCCUCGAGCACCCUAAAGACCCACGCUGGAGCUGGCAGAGGGGCCGCUGCCAAACUCCCGGCUCCUUGGGCCCCUGGGUGCCCAAGCACUGUGCUCACCACCGCCGACCUCCGAGUGAGAACAAGACUCAUGCCCACCCUGCUGCCCUGGGCUCAGGCUACCACCUCUGGGGCCCCAUACAGGCCCUUCUCAGCACAGGUCAGAGCUGGGUCUGGGGCCUAUGCCAAAGUGUGACCAGAGACUGGGCUGACCCUGGGGCCCACCAGUCCACUGCCCAGGCUGUCCCAGGCAGGUCUGCCUCUGCCUUCCAGCUCCCAGGGUGCCUCGUAUCACGCUGGGCCCUUUCCUGAAGACACCCUUUUGCAGAAACAUCCCCUCCCAGGUGCGGAGGUUUUCUCUGGCCAACCCUCAAACAUUCCAGACUUCCCUCAUGACAAUAGACACGUGUGGCCAGCAAUAAUCCGCCCCUCCCUAUGUCCGUGUGCGUGCGUGUGUGCGUGCGUUGGAGGUGUGUGAAGGGGGUUGGCUGAGGCCAUGUGCCCACAACCUAGACUGCCCAGCCCUUCCAGAUCCUGGUGGUUGUCCUGGUCCCAGUGUUGGGGUCGCAUGGGGUUACAAGACCCUGGUUUUUCCACAUUUAAAGCCAGUUUUUAUUACUCGUUUUGUCUGAUGUGAGCUGCCACGUGUCUGUGAAUACAGCCUGAGCACAAACCUGUUCAGCA